AGAGUGCUGUGCUAGCGCAUGCUCUCCUGUUCACAACUCGCCGCGAAUUUCUAGUUUGAGGAAAAAGACGUAGUUUAAUUUUUUUAUUUUCAUGGCUUGGUUCAAGGAAAAACAAAAUACAAGCUACAUUCGAAAUUUCUGUAGCAAUGUGCUGAAAUCUGGGGAAAUACCAAAACAUGUAGCGAUAAUAAUGGACGGAAAUCGCCGGUUCGCAAAGAAAGUGAAUUGCGAAAGAUCCAAAGGCCACGAAAAGGGCUUCGAAAAACUCACUGAGGUUCUCGAGUGGUGCUUCGAGCUUGGUAUACCAGAGGUCACAGUAUAUGCCUUUAGUAUAGAGAAUUUCAAGAGAUCUAAAGAUGAGGUUGAAUGCUUGAUGGAACUCGCAAAACAGAAAUUUGACCGUCUUCUGGAGGAAAGAGAUAUGAUUGAUAAACAUGGUGUUUGUGUGCGAGUUCUUGGGGACCUUUCUAUGUUACCUGAUGACCUACAACGAUCUAUAGCCAGAGCUGUUAACUUCUCUAAACACAACACAAGGCAUGUCCUUAAUGUGUGCAUGGCAUAUACAUCGCGACAUGAGAUCUGUGAAGCAAUAAAAACAAUGGCAAAAGCUGUAGAGGAUGGAGCAUUGAAACCCAUGGAUAUAAGUGAGAAUGUACUAGACCAGUGCCUGUACACUCAUCAAUCACCCGAGCCUGAUCUGCUGAUCCGUACGUCAGGAGAAGUUCGUUUCAGUGACUUUCUACUGUGGCAGUGCUCCUAUACAAGUCUCUCGUUUCUAAAAGUGCUCUGGCCAGAAUUCUCUGUUUGGAAUUUUUACUCAGCGAUAUUAUCCUACCAGUGGAACUUCACUGCCAUACAGAAAAUACGACAAGAUGCACAAAAAGAUAAAAUUCAUAAAGAAAUGGAAGCCGAUUUAGAAGUGGUUUUAAAUGAACUCCGAGCUGAAAAUGUGUGUGUAUCAAAUGGUUCAUCAUCAUCUAAUGGAAGUGGGUCACACUAUGAAGAACUGAUGAGGAAACCAGCUCUGAAAGCCCGCGUGGAGAAAUACCAGGACAAGAAAAGGGAAAGAAUAGAAAGAUUUCUAAGUGGGCUGGACGAGCUACGAACUGACUACUUGCACAGAAUGUGCACAGUGCAGAAUUGAUAGACAUAUUUUAACUAUAAUUAUAUUAGACAGAAUCAUUUAAACGAAACAGAAAUGGGAUUGAUAAUUUAUUAGCAUUUUUGCACUUUUUUGGUGUUUUGGGUUUUUGACUUGGAGUAUACAGUAAUUAUUUUUGUAUGAAAAUAGAACUAAAUUUUUAUUUGUGGUAUCGA